AUGGCUGCCAACUCGUCUCUGUCAUUGCCCUCCCAGAUGACGCCGGAGAUCUUUCUGUCCCGGACCAUCUCCCAGAACACGCUGCACGAUGCUGCUGACCAGCACGACGAUGCGCCUGCCCACGAACCCAUCCAGCAACGAUACGACAAUCCCUCGUCCUACCGAUUCCGUCGAGUCGCUUCCAAGACGGUCGUCUCGUUUGGGCCGGACGAUCCUGAGAAUCCGGUCAAUUGGAGCCGGGGCAAAAAGUUCUUCGCCCUCAUGGCCGGCAUGAUGCAGGUCAUGAACAGCACCAUCGGGUCGUCGCUGCCCAGCGGCGCCAUCGAGUACAUCGCCGACGAUUUCCACGUCACGAACCAGGCACAGCUCGUCCUGCCCAUCUCCGUCUUCCUCGUCGGCUACGUCAUCGGCCCGCUCUUCUGCGGUCCAGUCUCCGAGGAGUAUGGCCGCAAAAAGCCCCUGCUCAUCGGCUUCAUCCUGUUCAACAUCUUCUCCAUGGCCUGCGCCCUGGCGAGAUCGUAUACGGCGCUGCUGGUGUUCCGACUCCUCAAUGGCAUGGCGGCUGCUGCUCCCAUUGCCAUCGCGAGCGGCGUGUUCGCCGAUAUCUACGACGAUCCAACGCAGCGUGGCCGGGCCAUGGCUUAUUUCAUGGCUUGUACCACGUUUGGCCCCAUCAUCUCCCCGUGGGCCUCGGGAUUCAUCGCGCCCGUGAGCUGGCGGUGGGCAUUCUGGCUCGGCCUCAUCAUCGCCUUGCUCACUCUGCCCCUGGUCAUCUUCUUGCCAGAGACCUAUGCGCCCGUCCUGCUGCAACGUAGAGCAGCGCGCCUGCGAAAAGAGACUGGCAACGCCAGUAUCGUCGCCCCAUUCGAUCUCGCCCCGCACGACCUCCGAGCAACCCUCACGGUGACGCUGACCCGGCCGAUCCGGAUGAUUAUUCAUGAAUCCAUCGUCUCAUUCACCUGUUUGUAUCUAGCUUUGGCGUAUGCCAUCUUUUACCUCUAUUUCCAAGCAUACCCUGUCGUCUUUCAAGGUCAUACUCCGUCACAUCGGAUUUAUGGAAUGAGCACCGGUAUUGCCGGGUUGUGCUACCUGCCGAUCGGGUUAGGCGCUUGCAUCGCAUGCCCCAUUUUCAUCUGGUACGACGGCUUCCUGGCCCGGGCGAAAGCUCGCGGCGCGAAAUGGUCGCAAAUCGAAGAAUACCGUCGUUUGCCGCUGGCCUGCGUCGGAGGGCCGUUGUACGUCGUUUCCCUGUUCUGGCUGGGCUGGACGGCCUCUCCGCACAUCCACUGGGCGGUGCCGCUGGUGUCGGGCGUGUGCUUCGGACUGGGCUACAUGCUGAUCUUCAUGGCGAUGCUGAACUACCUGUCCGAUGCGUACGAGACGUUCGCGGCCAGCGCGCAGUCGGCGUCGAGCUGCUGCCGGAGCAUCUGCGGCGCCGUGCUGCCGCUGGCGGCGAAGCCCAUGUUCCACCGCCUCGGCGUCGACUGGGGGUGCAGUCUGAUCGCGUUUCUGAGCCUGGGCGUGUCCGUCAUCCCGUUCGCCUUUAUCCGCUGGGGCGACUACAUCCGCCGGAACAGCAAGUUUUGCCAGCAUCUGAAGGAGCUGAAGGAGGCGGAGCAGCGGGCGGAGCAGGCGGCAGCCUACGGGCAGGAUACGUCUGGCGACCCGGAAAAGGUGCCAUCGUCGAUGCCCGCGGAGAAGGACCUUGAACGGGGCCUUGAAAAGCAGAUGGGGUAG